AUGACAACUACUGAGAAAAUCACUCAGAUAGUGAGAAAUGCUUCAGCUAUACCACGACUUGGUCUACCGAACUUUGUUUGGGGAUCAGAGGCUCCGCAUGGCGUUGCCUACUCUGCUGGUGUAACAUUUGGCGGCGAUCUUCUUGCCGCUACCUCAUUUCCCAUGCCCAUCAAUCUGGGUGCUUCAUUUGACAUGUCUCUCGUUCACCGUAUCGCUACCAUUAUUUCUACUGAAGCUCGUGCGUUUAACAACGAAGGACGGGCAACUCUAUGCUUUUUUACGCCGAACAUCAACAUUUUUCGUGAUUCACGCUGGGGACGUGGUCAAGAAACUCCUGGUGAAGAUCCUUUUCUCACUUCACAAUACGUCUACACAUUGAUCGAUGGUUUGCAAAAUGGUGACGAUGAACGAUAUUUGAAAACAGCAGCUGUUUGCAAACAUUACGAUGCUUAUGAUCUCGAAGAAUGGCACGGUGUCGAUCGACACCACUUUAAUGCCAUAGUGAACGAUCAAGAUCUAGUUGAAACAUAUCUACCACCAUUCGAAAGUUGCAUACGUGAUGCUCAUGUAGCCAGUAUCAUGUGUAGUUAUAAUAUGAUUAAUGAUGUCCCUGGCUGUGCCAAUCGAUUUUUACUUCAAACUAUUGCUCGCGAUUCAUAUCAACUCGAUGGAUUUGUUGUUAGCGAUGGUGGAGCAAUUCCUACAAUUAUGAAUGCAGCUAAUUAUACAUCGACUGUGCAGGAAACGGUAGCUGCCGCACUUCACGCUGGAGUCGAUCUCGAAUCUGGCACAUUCUACUUACAACAUGCUCAGGAAGCACUUGAUAAUAAAACAAUUGUCGAAAGUGAUAUUAAUCAAGCACUUGAACGUACAUUUAAUGUUCUGGUUCAGCUCGGGUGGUUUGAUCCGCCAGAACAGCAACCCUAUCGUCGCCUAAACAAAGAUAAUGUCAACACGACCGAUGCUCAACAGCUAGCAUUGCUAAGUGCACAAGGAGUAUUGUCCUUCUGA